GGCGGGGCAGCACUGCAGAGAGGAGGUGACACUGCAGAGAAUCAGACAGUUGCACAGACAGACAGACAGACAGACAGCUGAGGGUGUACAAAAUGAGAGGUGUUUGUGCUCUGCUGCUGCCUAUACUUCUGGGUCAAGGAUGGGCAGCUCCUCGGACAAUACAGGGAGGCAGGUCUGAGCAAGUUGUCAGCAUACAGAUCAGAAACCCAUUCUCCAAGGGCCCUGAGGAGCUCAGCCUCCUGCAGGGGUAUCUGAAGGAAAAGGACCCACUGGAAGCCAAUGCCUCAAACCUAAAGAGAGAGACGGCUAUUCUGCACCUCUUCCUCCUCCAUGACUAUGACAAGAGCGGGCGUCUCGAUGGCCUGGAACUCAUGCGGCUUCUCAGUGGGAUCCUGUCCCACGCAUCACCGGGAGAACCAACACAUGAAUCGGUCAUACAUAUGGUGGAUGAAGUCUUAGAGAGACAAGAUUUAAACAGGGAUGGACUUCUGAGUGCCCCUGAGCUUGUGACACCCCCAAUCUAUGCAUCUGAGGAGGAUGUCUCUCAAGACAAUGUAUCCAUGGUCAUCCCACCACCUCAGGAGUCUCAGAGACUGGACAACUUAGAGAAUCCUACAGACACCAAUGAGAAAAAUGAUGAGGAGCUGCAGCCUUUGGAUGUUCAGGCUCUGGAAGUUGAAGAAUCCCUCUCCAAGAAAGAAGCCGGACAUCAAACUCCACCAACUAACUCUCAGGGUUUACCUGAGCAAGAGAACGAGGAGAACAAGGAAGACGCCAUUGUACAAUGGGGGGAAGAUGAGGCUGACGAGACUGUUCCUGACACCAUAACAGGAGAAGAUGGACAACAAAAGGAAAAGACUGAAGGGAUGCAUGAAGAAAGGAGGACAGAGGAUGAGAUGUGAUUGGCCAUGGAAUUAAACAAAUGCUACUUGCUGCCUUGUGCAUGUAGGCCUUUCCCUGAGGAGCAUGUUCGGGAAUAACAGCCGGUGCCCCAGAAGGAUGAAGAGACAAAGGGGGGUAGUGUAGAACAUGGUGUUACUGGGCAUCCAUAAUGGUAAUAGGGAACUAGAUCUAUUGUUCCUUUCUUGUGGUUUUACCCCCUUGAGGGUAAGAGCAAUCCGACCAUGUGGGUAAAUCCACAACACAAUUUGGAUGCAAAUAAUCUUAUUUAAAUGCAAAUUUAUGAAUUUAUCUUAAGAAUUUAAUUUUAUUUGGAACAAGUCAUGGUUGCACAGGCUUCAGAUGAGCCGAUGACCACUAAAGAGUGUCUUGGUCUCCGCUGGCUGGAGAUGCAUGGAGCAUUAAAGAAAGCGUGUGUAAGGUCCAUAACAUGUUUGGCUUGUAUAUCCCACCAACAUGGACUUGUUCUGGACCAUCAAGAACAUCUUGAUCCCAAGCCUCAGGCAACCACUUCUUUGUCUCCUUCUCAUUGGGCUGAGAUUAUUGGCGAGUGCCUGGCUGUGUCUGUUCCAUCAGAACCACUUAUUUCUGCUAAUUCUCAGGUUUCUUUUAAUAAUAAUAAAUGAGUAAUAAGUAA